UUUUCCUCUUUCCUACGCAGAAGUCAUGUGCGAUCUGAGGUACUUCAUCGUGCCUUUCUCUUCUCUGCCCUCUGCCUCUGCCUCUGCCUCUGCAACUGCCCCUACACACCAACACAGACACAAAGCAAAUAAUACACACAUACUCACAUACACAAAGAAAGAGAGGGACAGUCACAUAGACAUGGCCUCUGCUCUAUGUAAUAUGCCUUCUUCUUUCUAGCUUACACUCAAAAAACCUCCAUCAAAAUCCACCUCUGCACUUGUCAUUUUUAUUUAUUUUUGCUUAAUGGGUUCGUACACAAAUUUGCGGCAGGCUUUUUCACAGCCGUCUUUACCAUUAUUAUUACUAUCGUUAUUACCAUGCUGCACAAAGGUUUUGUCUCGAGAAAGAUCAGAUCUGUUAACUAUCUCACCACAGCCAUCGCCACGCACAGUCUGUGAUACAAUAAUGGCUCCCUUUCUAUACUUAUUAUCACCCUUUAAGUCUUCAUUUAAUCUUUCUACCUACAGUAUUAAUAUAAAAGCUUACACUAUAAAUGCUUAACAUGUACAUUCUAUUACUACUACUACUCUUCUACAUUUGUUUCAGCUGCUGCAGAAGCCGAACUUUUUCUUCUUUUGUUUCUGCCUCAGUUAUUAUCCUUGUCAGACCGACUAAUUACUGCCAUCUGCCGUUUCCACAACGCAUUCUUUUCCUUUUUUCCAUUCAUGCCUAACAUUACUUCCUCCCUUCUUCUCUGUUCCUUCUACUUUCCUGCUCCUACUUGUUUUCUAUUGUGGUUUUUCUUUUCUUUUCUUUUUUCUUAUUUUUACUUGUAAAACUACUUUCUUCUUCUUCUUCAAAUGGCUUUCUUCGUUUUUUUCCUAUUUUUGGGUACGUGACUGAGUGAAUACAGAACCUUUUUCACGGGCACCUAUCGGUAAUUUAAGUUUCAGGUUAAUGGCGGUUCAUUCUAGCUCUGCUUCUUCAUUGCCCUCGCCACCGCCACCACCGCGUCCCAAAUCCCCGCCGGAAUAUCCGGAUUUGUAUGGGAAGCGCCGGGAAAUGGCCAGGGUUCAGGUUCUUGAGAGGGAGAUUGGUUUCCUCGAGGAAGAAUUAAAAUCGGUUGACCGCCUUCACCUAGCUUCCAGAUGCUGCAAAGAGGUUGCUGAUUUUACAGCUACAACUGCAGAUCCUUUUAUACCUCUAGCCCGGAAGAAACGAAGGUCAUGGUGCUUCUGGAAGUGGCUUUGUGGAAGGCCGCAUUCUAAAUUCUCCUGGAUUUCUUGGAUAUGCUGCUGCUGUUAUUCUGGGUCCUCCAUUUGUCUAAAAUUGUCACAAAUCUGCGACUGUAAUCCUUGUAACUGUAAUUCAUUUUCUUGCUGUUCAUUCCCUAAGUGUUUAUGUUGCUCUUGCCCAAAAUCACGAUGCUGUGGAAAGACCUCAUGCAGCAGAGACGGUUGUGUCUGCGGGUUUCCUACAUGCCUGGAUUGCUCUUGUUGCCCAAACUGCGCUUCUUGUUGUCCAAACUGCUCCUCUUGUUGCCCAGACUGCUCAUGUCGCCCGAACUGCUCCUUGUGUUGCCCAACCUGCUCCUCUUGUUGCCCGGAAUGUUCAUGUCACUCAAACUGCUCUUCUUGUUGCCCAGAAUGUUCAUGUCACUCGAACUGCUCAUCUUGUUGCCCUGACUGUUCAUGUUGUCCCAAGUGCUCCGCAUGUUGCCCAGACUUCUCUUGUCGCUCAACUUGCUCAUGUUUACUGGGUUGCUCAUGUUGCCAAUGGAAAUGUGCAUGCCCUAAGUUCCCAAAAUGUUCAAAGGUAUGCCUUUGUUGCAGUUGUAAAAAGACCUGCGGCACUUGUAAUCCAUGUUGUCUAUUCUUCUAGAAUUAUCACAAGGGAACUUUCAUAAUAACAGUCAUUAAGAAAUUUGAGGUAUUUUUUUCAA